AUGCAUGAUCCCAGUAGCAUGGUCACUCUAAAAACUUGCUGUUAUAAGCUGAAUAUUGAUGGUGCGGCCUUACACAACUCUGGUUUGGCAGGUGGUGGUAGGGUCAUAAGAAACUACAAUGAUGGAUUUGUGGCGCCAUUUGCUAAAGACUUUGGUUUUGUGUCCAAUAAUUUUGCAGAAUUUCAAGCUUUAGAAGAAGGCAUUCUUUUAGCUAUUCAAAAGGGAUGCUUCCCGAUACAGAUAGAGGGUGACUCAUCUCUACUAGUGGAUGCUAUUGAAAAUCAACGUCGUGCCCCUUGGAGAUUACAGAUGAUAGUAGACAAUUGUCGUGCAAGGUUAUCGCCUCACAGGUGGUCUAUUGCUCAUAUUCUUCAUAAGGCGAAUAUGGUAAUUGAUGCCAUCACCAAGAGAUGA